AUGAGCAGGGCCAAGACCAGCACGUUGAGAAAGGACUUAGUGAGGAAGUCUAGGAGCCGCAGCACCGCCCGACAGAAGGAAAUCGCUCUGACCCCCGGGAGGGCAGAGAUCUGCCUCCAGGAAGUGCCCAGGGUCGACCGGCCACGGUCCCAGAGUACCCCUCGCUUUGGUCAGCUCAGCCACAACUCUUUCUUCUCCAGACACAAUUCCCAUCCCAAUCGAGUGGCUCACAUUCAAGAUCUUUCUGGGAAUCCCAUUUGCACUGUAAGAGACAACAUAACUCACCCCUCACUGACUCUACCUGGACCCAGUUCCAAUAUCUCCAUCAACAUUUUAGGAGCACCCCAAGUCCAGAUGCCCAUCGGAGACCCACAGUCCCUCGUGGAACCCCACUUAACCUUGAGUUCAUUGUCAAGUAUUUGGAGAGAGGAGCUAAAGGAACUGGCCUCCAAGGUGGCUGCCUUCUCCAAGGAAGCAGAGAUGAAGAAAAAGAAGGAAGAGACAGAGAGGUUGGCCCAGUACUCCCCAAUAACGGGGAGGCUCAUCCCAGGCUACAUACAGUCCAUGACGAGCAGAGCCCCCCGAACCUCCCAUAGAGGCGACCUUCAGAGCAAAGAUGUCAUGCCUGUUGUCCAGGACCAAGAACUACUGAUCCUGGAACUGCUGUGUCAAAUCCUACAGACAGACUCUCUGACUGCCAUCCCCUCAGCUAGCCCCAGAGAAAAGGACCUAGUCCUGGGUCUCCUCCAGACGGCUGUGGCCGGGCUGAUACCUGAGCCCCUGAUAUGCUUGCCAGAGGAGAGGAUCAUGACAACUCUGUCCAUCAACCCCAACAGCCCAGCCUUCCUCAGCCAAAGUCUGAUGUCACAGAGGAGUCUGAAACAAAGUCAAGAUGGACCAAAAGAAAAGGCAGAAUCUCUGUCAUCACGUGAAAAACCAGAAUGCAUCGGCAAUGCUGAGGUUCUACAGUUACGCGAAAAUCCAGAAGACAGAAGGAAGAAAAUGUAA